UACUCGCGCUCAGUCCGUGCGUAAAAAGGACUCUUACUUAGGACGUUAACUCACAUCAGCUGGAAGGAGACGAGAGUGGCUGACAGUUGAGUGUUUUUGUGUGGCUCGUGGGGUUGCGUGUGCGUGUGCGUGUGCGUGUGUGUGUGAGUGUGUGCGUGUGUGCGUGUGUUUAUGAAAUGAGGAGGCGUGUGCUCGUGGCGCUCAGAGGAGCCUGAAGCAGCAGCUGGAUCAGCAGAGGAUCCGCGCUGCGCCGCAGGAUGUAAAAAGAGUCGACACAUUCGGUCUAACACUGAACCCCUCAUGAUGCGUUCACUGUCUCUGCUUGGAUGGACCGCUUCCUGUCUCCUCCUGCUCAGCAAGAGAACGACAGCUCAGGGUGAAGUUCUGCUCUGCUCUGUGGAGGGUCAAGCAGGGGCUCGACACCCUGUUCAGGGUCUGCUGGAGAGGUUUGAGGCCGGUCCGGGCUGUGCUGCCAGAGAACGAGGAAACAAGGAGACUCAUGUAAUCGCAGUGGGGAGGGCGACCAACAGCCCCGAGAACAAGGUGACGGUGUUGCUGAAGCCUUUGUCUCCGACCCCCUCCCCUCUCAGAGCUCUCCACCUGCUGCUUAGCUCAAAGCUCCCAGUCACCUGGUGUCUGGAGGCCGAAAGACUCCCCCCGAACCUCCCCGUGCAGGUUCAGGUUUCCUCAAACUCCAGCGUUCAGUCCCGCUCCCUGCACGUGCACGUCCACAGUGUGAAGUCGCUGCCUUUCGGUCCGCGAGCGUUGCACCGCUGGGCUCUGAAGCACCACGGCAACCUGUCCUCUAUGACCCACUCGACCCAUGGCAACCGAGUCUACAUCAAACUGGGAGAGGAUCCGAGCCGUCCUGCUGCUUGCAAGCUGCAGUCCAUGUUCCUCUCUCACAACUACGUGAUCUCUGACCUGCAGCCACAGGAAGUGCAGUGCUGCUCCGACACGUCAGCAGGUGGGGUCGGUCCUGAAGUCCACGUGAUCAAACUCCAUUCAGCCGGCUCAGGACUCUGUGGUUUCCUACAGGUGGAGGUUGUUGUCUCUCUGGUGCCCCCGGUGGCCAACUCAAAAGCCCUGAAUGUUGUGCUGAUUCUCAGCAGCUUGGUGCCGGUGAACUGGGCCAUCGUGUCUCAUGGGGUCCGGGGUCAUAUCUCUGUUCAUUCCUCCAACACCAUCUCUCCACCUUACCCACCUGAGCCUGACCUCACCCUGUCCAGCUCACUGAACUCUGACCUGUCCAGCAUACCUGACCUGCUCCGGUGGGCCAAUGAGAGCGGCUACAGCAAGGUGACAUCAUACACUGAGGCUGACCUGGCCAAUCGCUUUGUGAUCCAGCUGGCCGGGGGCGGGACAGAGGAGGUUGCAGGGAUGAUUCCUCGGGUGGUGAAGCCUCCCUGGGUGGAGGAGCGCAGGCUGAGACAGUGGUUAAACACUGGAGACGGAGCAGGAGGGGGUCGAGAGAGUUUUGCGGUGCAGUGUGAGGAUGGACGCCUCGAAGUGAUCCUCGACCAACAAAUCCUGCAGAGCUUGUCGGUCCCAGUUGCAGCUGUAACUCUUCGGGACUCUGCGUGCCAGGCUGAGUCUAAUGGGAGCCAUUUCCUGUUGGUGUUCCCGGUCAUUUCCUGUGGGACAGAGGGUGUGAUCCUGUCACAGCCCAGAGGGGUGCAGUACAAAAACAUGGUGUUAUUAUGGAGAGAGAAGCCGCAGACCUUUAUUGCACUUAACGAGACAGAGAAGAAGAGCAGAAGUCCAUUCGGCAUACAUUUCAGCUGCCUGGCUGCAGACCCUGUCCCCUCCAGCCUGGAUGAAGGUAAUGAAGGAAAUAUAAACUUUCCCCGUGUGGGGCAUGUUCCCUGGCCAUCCAAGGGUCAGAGGCCUGAUCCUGCACCGAGCCAUCUACCAACAUCCAGCUACAAAUCCGGGCCUGUUCUUGUUAUGAGGCUUUUUGUCACUGAGGGAUAUGAGCAGGGCCGGAUCGGACCCUGUAUCAUUACUGCAGACCACAGAGUCUAUGUUGAGAUUUCAGCUGAAGGGCCCUUCAUAGACAUCCUGGAGGUGAAGUCAUGUGUGGUCUCUCCUAUCUCAGACCCCAAAAAGUCUCGUUUCUGGACUGUCAUGAGGGACGGCUGUUCCUCAGACCCCUCUGUCACACUUGCUAAAAAGACAAAAACAACAGAGAAAGACGAGGGCGAAGGUGAACUAGAAAAGGAAAAUGAAGAUGUAGAGCGAAUGGGAAAAAUCAGUAUCUUUUACAAGGGAGGAGGGGUCUCAGUGCAACAUAAGACUGAAAGAAGCAGGGAAGCUGCCGCAACAAGGAUGGAAAAGAGAAGUACGACGGCAGAGGAGGUGAUACCUCCCCUUAGAUUUAGCUUCAUCCUGCAACCAGUUUACAACAACUCUGUGCAGUUCCUCCACUGCAGCCUCCGCCUGUGUGUCUCUGACUCCAUAAGAAGGGAGCCGAUGGAGGAGACCGUACAGAGUGACUGUCAGGGUGGGAUACAAAUCCCUCCACUUGUAUCCAGAUCGCCCGGGCGUCAGUGUGAGAUCAGAAACCUCUCCAGGCCCAUGGUCGUCACCCAGCCCAUCAGUUCACUGGCUCCCAAACAGCCGAGGCCCCCUACUGGCCAAAGAACAAAACGACUGAGCGUGUCUCCGCUGACAGAUCAACACCCAGAGCAAAGCAGUCCUGUGAUCCCCACCGGACCUUUGGUUGGAAUCGUCUUCACUGCCUUUGUGAUGGGGGUCAUGCUGAUGGGGGUGCUUUGGUGCAUCUAUAAUAAUACAGGGGCACGUUCAGCGUCACUUGGAGGAGACGGGUACCACACGGGUCAGACUUAUGAAGGUCAAAACAUCUGGAAUCCCAUUUCACUGUCUGAUCAGUCCUCGAGCUCCGUGUAGAGGAUUUCCUCCCUGCAAAUCUGACAGAAGAGAACUGGGACAGAGGUUCUUACCACGUUUGUGUGUGUGUGAGCACAGCUGCCCAUGUGUGUGUUUGUGUGAGUGCAAAGGAGUGUUUGAGCAUUGUUAGUCAUCAGUGUAUUGUGAGAGCAAAGUUUAUGUGAUGCUGCAAAACUUUCUGCAUCCAGUCAUUCUGAAACUGGCUCGAUGCUCGAGGAGUGUUUAUCAGGACUGAACGAGAUCUCAAACCUGGUUACAGUGACGUGGACUGAAACCACAACGUCUCCUGAAAGCUGGCACACAAGGUCAAAGGUCAUGAGAUGUGACUGUUGGUGUCUUUUUUGUAGAGUCAGUGUUAUGUACAGUCAUUUUUAGUGUUUGUGGUGUAACUGUGAAUCAGCUGGAUGUUACAUCUAUGUACUUCUGUAUAUGUGUUGUUUUCUGUUGGUAAAUAAAAACAUAUUGAAUGACCUGA